GUUCUUAGCUUCCAUAAAUAGAGAUCAACAACAGAAAAGCCGUGAUUUUUGGCAGCACCAAUUUUCCACUGUCUUCGCGUGCGUGUGUUUCUGGAGCUCCGUCGUCUUCCUCGACGCCGGCGAACUAUCCAACUCUGGCUCAAUGCAGAUCAGAGCCCACCGCCGGACGAACACGCGCAGGCUCCUCUAGCGCCAAUCCCCAAACGUUGCGCGGCAAGAGAGGAUUAGCAGCUGCGGGCGGCGUCACGGCAGCAGGGUAGGGCGGGCGGCGGACCUCGGUUGGUUCCCUUCCCGGGAGGCGCCCCUCCGCAGUCCCCUCCAACUCAAGCUGCUCUGCUCCGCGCACAGCACUGAGCGGCGCCGGCGUGGCGGCGCCGAGGGUUAGCUAUUACCUCAGGAACCCAUUGGUCUCUAGCGUCUGGGCACACCUAUUAACUACUCGUAGUUGAGGAGCCAGCAGAAGGGCCUCAAGAGGACAGUACCAGCUCGCACGCAAGGUGUUUGUGGGAAUGCUCCUCCGGCAGCUGCAUCUCCAAGCGCGGCGGCAGUGCGCACCCCACCCGCCUCUGGAGCUUCCCAGCCUCCUUUACCUCUUCCGCUCGCUGUCCAUCUUACCUCCUGAAGCCUCGACUAUGCUGCCGCGCCGGUCUCCACCUGUGCGAGUCCAGCUGCCGCAAGGCUCGCCUUGCUCAAGUUCUGGCCCCCUUGGCUCCGGCUUUCGCAUCGACGUGGUCGACUCCGACCAAUGGCCCGCGUCCCUGGGAUUCUUGGCGGAGCCUGUACGCGGCAGCGAGUUCACAGAUGACUUUCAGCAACACGAAGGUGAUGAGGUACAUGAUUCGGAUGAUGAGAUCGAUGACAUGAGGCACCGAAAGAAGCUGUUCUACAAGCUGGACAGGGGCUCGCGGGAGUUUGAGGAGAAUAACGUGCCCUUGCGUCGCAGCAGAAAGAGGGAGAAAGCCAACGCCAAGAACUCAAAGGAAUGCAAGAAUGUGGAGCCCAUAAAGUCUGUUUCUGCCAAUGUUCCAAAGCUGAAGGCAAAACGUGCAGCACGCGAGGACGACAUGGUUGAGGUGAAGCGGGAACGGGUGCCAACGUUCAACCAGAUGACUGAUCCUUACCAUCACCCUUUUUGCCUUGAUAUACAUGUCACCAAAGGGUCAGUGCGUGCUUGCUUCGUGCACCGAGUGACCAGCAGGGUGGUGGCUGUUGCACACUCCAUAUCAAAAGAUAUGAAGUUUGAUCUGGGUUCAAGGAAGGGUAAGGGUAUGAAGGCCUGUGCGGCUGUUGGCGCAGUGCUUGCGAAGCGUGCCUUAGAGGAUGAUAUUCACAAUGCAGUGUAUACACCAAGGAAAGGGGAUAGGGUUGAAGGAAAAAUUGAGGUUGUGUUGCAUGCAAUAAUUGAUAAUGGGGUUGAUGUGAAGGUGAAACUGAAGCAAAGAAAGCUGAUAAAGAAUACACUGGUGGUGCAGCAAGAUCAGCCCCCCUGAAAGCUCAACAAUUGUUCUGCACCAUGAGCCCAAAUGCUUCAAAAUUCAUGAAUUUUAUCUAGAAAACUGAUGACUGAAAGAGGAACAGGCAGCUGAUGGAAAUGCGUGCAGUUCUCCUAGAUGGCCCUAACGUUCUUGUUCCAUGUACCCACAAAUCACCUGCUUCAGUGCUUCACAAACUCAACAUUCAGCCUGUGCUACACACAUAAACUGAGCAUGGUUAAAGUCUGCA